AUGAUUAAUGGCUCUCCUUGGAGUUUUAUUGUUCCAAAAAAAGGCUUGAGACAAAGGGAUCCAUUAUCUCAUUUCAUGUAUGAUGAGGCUCUUUCAGGUCUAAUCUCAAAAGCCAAAGUGGAAGGCAAAACUCAUGAUGUUAUGAUUGCUCGUCAAGCCCCAAAGAUUUCACAUAUUCUCUUUGUAGAUGACUCUAUCAUUUUUCACUAUGUGAUUAUCCAGGAAGCUAUUGAGAUUCAAAAAAUUUUAAAGCUCUAUGAAGAUGCUUCAGGCCAACUUAUUAACUUUGAUAAGUCGACAGUACCCUUUAGUAGUAACAUUGGCGAAAGUAGAAGGAGGGAAUUGUGCUAUUUAUUAGGGUUACAAGGAGUAGUGAAGCAUAAAAAAUAUUUGGGUCUUCCAACCAUGCAGGAACGCCCUAAGAAGGAAACUUUUGGAAUGUUAUCUGAGAGGGUAUGGAAAAAGCUUAAAGGAAGAAAUAAAACCUAUUAUCAAAGGCGGGGGAAAAAGGUUCUUCUAAAGUCGAUGGUGCAAGCUAUUCCAGCCUAUAUCAUGAGUGUGCUUAGGCUUUCUAAAGGUCUUUGCAAUGAUUUACAAACUCUUAUAGCUCGAUUUUGGUGGAGACAUGAAUAUUGA